CACAGAAGCUCCUCCUCCAGCAGAUUAGCAAUAAAUGCUGGAACAUUUUCCCAUUUGUCUACAAGUAAAGAAAGCAUUUAUCAAGGAGACUGAGAACAUGAGUGAUCCAGGACUCUGCAGAAUAAAACAUGAAGAUACUGAAGAACAAAGAGAUCUGCUCCUACCAUGUAACAAUUCACCUUCACGGAAGCUCCUCGCCCAGCAGAUCAGCAAUAAAUGUGAAGAAGAAAGCGUUUAUGAAAGAAUAUGGAGGAAAUGAGUGAUCCAGAACCCUGCAGAAUAAAACAUGAAGAUACUGAAGAACAAAGAGACUUGAUGAAACAGAACGAGGAGACUGAAGACCUGAGUGAAGCAGAGGAGAAAUAUGUCGAAUCUUUGAGUCACUCACAGACUGAGAACAUUUUUUCCCUGGAAAGAUCAAAAAAAUCUUUAACCUGCCUCCAGUGUGGGAAGAGUUUCACACGUAAAGGAAACCUUAACGAACACAUGAAUAUUCACACUGGAGAGAAGCCUCACGCAUGUGAUCAGUGUGGGAUGAGUUUCAGACAUAAAAGAAACCUUAAUGAUCACAUGAAAAUCCACACUGGAGAAAAGCUGCACACAUGUGAUCAGUGCGGGAAGAGUUUUGCACGUUCUAGAUCUUUCAAAUUACAUGCGCUCUCUCAUUCUGGAGAAAGACCAUAUAAUUGUGAUCAGUGUGGUAAAAACUUUUCUCUGGCAAAUUCCCUGAAGAACCACCUGAAAGUUCAUUCAGAGGUGAAGCCUCACCUGUGUUCUUUAUGUGGAAAGGGUUUCAGUCAGCUGGGUCUUUUAACACAACACCAGAAAAGACACAGCGGUGUGAAGAAUCAUUUGUGCUGUUAUUGUGGGAAGACCUUUUUGGCUGAUGAAUUGAAACAGCACCAGAGGAUCCACUCUGGAGAAAAACCUUACAAGUGUUCACACUGUGACAAGAGAUUCAAUCACCCAGGAAGCUUGAAAUCACAUGAGAGGAUCCACACAGGAGAGAAGCCGUAUCACUGCCAUCCAUGUGGGAAAAGUUUCACUCAUUGUAGUUCUCUGCUGAGUCAUAAAAAAACCAAAUGUCUGAAAUAAAGUCUGAAUUUAUGUAAAAAUCCAGCUCUUUCAAGUGCAAUGCUGCAAAUGGGACCCAGUCAUUUUGCUUUAUUAAUUUAGUAAUCAUUGGGGUUAUGUUUUUUAAUUAUUAUUAUUAUUAUAUACAACAGUUAUGUUGCAUUAUGAAAAAAAUAUUAUUGUUAUUUAAUAUACAUGUUCUUGUGCUUGUAUGUUUAUUUUGGGAUGCUGAAAAAAGAGUCUUAACACUUUUCAGUGGGACAUGUAUCUUGUAUUUAUUUUUAAUUUUGUCUUCACUGUUGUGCUUAGAAGAUCUAGUUACUCCACCGCUUACAACAUAUUCACUAAAUGUGGGUGUCAAAAACAAUCAUGUAGCAACUGCAGCCUAUUUUUUUCUUUUCCUCUAUCAAGAUGUUUUGGCUGUCUUCUAAUUCAAUAAAGAGAGAUACAUACCUUUUUAAAA